AGAGAGAGAGAGGAGUAGAAGAAUUCUUUUGGUUUUGUUGUUGUUGUUUUUUUUUUUUUGGGGUUGUUUUCUGCGCGAAAUGGACGAUUCAAGACAAACUUUGAGCAACCAAACGGGGAGGUUUAGGUUGGACGCGAUGAAGAUGCAAACUAGGUACAUGGAGAGAUCGAACAGCGUGGUGAGGGAAAAGCGAGGUUUGGAUUCAGCUUCAGCUGAAGAAGGUCAGCCGGAUAGGAAAAGACCUGCUCUUGCCAGCGUAAUUGUUGAAGCUCUAAAGGUGGAUAGUCUGCAAAAACUUUGCUCUUCACUGGAGCCUAUUCUUCGUAGAGUUGUUAGUGAAGAAGUGGAGCGUGCUUUAGCAAAGCUAGGCCCUGCCAAACUCACUGGGAGGUCUUCCCCAAAACGUAUAGGAGGGCCUGAUGGAAGAGACUUGCAGCUGCACUUCAGGUCGAGGUUGUCGCUCCCUCUCUUUACAGGUGGGAAAGUAGAAGGAGAGCAGGGUGCUGCAAUCCACAUUGUCUUGAUUGAUGCCAAUACAGGCCACGUUGUCACAAUAGGCCCAGAAUCCUCCGUGAAACUAGAUAUUAUUGUGCUCGAAGGUGAUUUUAACAAUGAGGAUGAUGAUAACUGGACUCAAGAAGAAUUUGACAGCCAUGUGGUGAAAGAGCGUGAAGGUAAACGGCCGUUGCUAACUGGAGAUCUUCAAGUGACGAUGAAGGAAGGUGUAGGAACACUAGGGGAGUUGACAUUUACCGACAACUCUAGCUGGAUAAGGAGCAGGAAGUUCAGGCUUGGACUAAAGGUUGCCUCCGGCUCUUGUGAGGGUAUUCGAAUUCGUGAAGCAAAAACAGAAGCAUUCACUGUUAAGGAUCAUCGGGGAGAAUUAUACAAGAAACACUAUCCUCCUGGACUAAAUGAUGAAGUUUGGAGAUUAGAGAAAAUUGGCAAAGAUGGGUCCUUUCACAAGAGGUUGAAUAAAGCUGGAAUCUAUACAGUUGAAGAUUUCCUGCGACUUGUGGUUAGGGAUUCACAGAGAUUGAGAAAUAUUCUUGGAAGUGGCAUGUCAAAUAAGAUGUGGGAUGUUCUUGUAGAGCAUGCAAAGACGUGUGUCCUAAGUGGGAAGCUUUAUGUGUACUAUCCUGAUGACGAGAGAAGUGUUGGCGUUGUUUUCAACAAUAUCUAUGAGUUGAGUGGCUUAAUUGCCAAUAGUCAAUAUUACUCUGCCGAUUCUCUUUCUGACAGUCAGAAGGUCUAUGUGGACACUUUGGUGAAGAAGGCAUAUGACAACUGGAUGCAUGUUAUAGAGUACGACGGAAAGUCUCUUUUAAGCUCUCAGUCGCAUAACAGUUCCUGUGCUUCUGAAAUGAUUACUCCAAUUGCCUCUCAAGAUUAUUCCAACUCGUUUGACCAGCAGUUCACGCUACCAGCACUGCCGGUUGCUGUUCCUUCAGAGCAGCCCACUAUCGAUCCAGGCCUCACUGGCUACAAUGACGGUAUGGCUACCAGUUUCUCUAUACCGUCACAGAAUGCAAAUCUCAAUGCUCCUGUUAGCUUCGUUGGCUCUUCAUUCGCUUUACAAAAUCAGUUGCCCAGCACAUCAAACCAAACUCAACUCCAAAGAAGUGAAAAUGUUCUUACCCUUGGUCCUCCACAGUCAUCCACAUCAGGCUUCCAGAAUGUUGGUGCAUCCAAUCUCACAUCCUUUAGGGGAGUGGACGACUUCUUCUCGGAGGAAGAGAUUCGUAUGAGAAGCCAUGAGAUGCUUGAGAAUGAAGAUAUGCAACACUUGCUUCACAUAUUCAACAUGGGAGGCCACGGUCACGUUCCCAACGUUGUGGAAGAUGGGUACCCCUAUUCAUCAGGGUACAUGCCCAAUACAUCCCUCAACUACAACCUCAACGAUGACCGAACCCGUUCUGGAAAAGCUGUUGUUGGUUGGCUUAAGCUCAAGGCAGCCCUCAGAUGGGGCAUUUUUGUCAGGAAGAGAGCUGCCGAGAGACGUGCUCAACUUGUUGAGUUGGAUGAUUCAUAAACGUGGCACACAGGGCAAAGCAGAUCCGGUUUUGGUUUUUCAACUGUCAAUAGGCUUCAUCUUCUGUGUCUACCCAAAUUCCCUAUCGGGCUGAAGUUUCUAACAGAAGCAAUGACUCCGGUCUCAGCUUGAGCCGUCCGGUUUUAGCUCCUAAAUCUAAGCACCAGCCAUUGCUUGGAUUGUAAACCUGACUGACGUCUUGGAACUUCUAUGUUUGUACAGUUUCCUGCCUGUACAGUAAGCGAGCUUUAUCCCAUCUGAUUAUUAGCGUGGUUUUACUUUUUAAGGAAGGUGUUACUCAACAUCUAUUUUGCAAGCCUAGAAAGAACUGACAGAUCUGAGCUGUUUCAACUGAAGAUGUUUGCUGACCUGAGACUCACAUGAUUUUCAGUAGGAAAACGUUUCGCAAGCUUGACUUAGCACGGGCCUAAGCCUCUGAGGUGUUUUUUCUUGUUGCAAUAAUUGUCCUCAUGCUAGUCAGUUCAUUGUUGUAAUCAUAGUUGUUUUUUGUUGUUGUUUUUUUGUUUUUUGGCUGAAUGUAGUAGUUAGUGAAGAAGACCAGAACGGUCAGCGUCUGUUUUAUUUGUUAUUUGUAUCUGUAACACGAGAAUAAAUAAUGGUUGCCGUAUCAACUGUUAUUGCUGGAUGAUAAUAGGUUUUGCUCAA